AGGCAGGAGGCAGGAGGCGGGAUUGCGCAGGUGUGCAGGUAGCAGUUGGGUCAAGGCAGUCAAAAGGAAGCAAAAUGGUGCAAGAGGCAGCUGGGGGAAUAAAAGCACCAUGGGAGGACAGAUGACCAGAGAGAAGGGGACACCAGAGUGACAGAUUUCAGCCAACCCUGAGAGCAGCAUGCAGCACAUGCCUCAGGGGAGAGUGCGUUGCAGUCCGUUUAACCUGCCAGAGAUAAACCCAGACAGGCUGAAGACUGCCAAGGCUCUGGUGGAGAAGGCUGUCCAGCUGCGGAGGGUUUUCUCUGUACAGGGCCCCUAUCCUGUGAUCCGUGCUGCCUUGCAGGCCAGAGGUUGGGUGGAGCGUCGACUGCCACGCCCCGCCCCAAAACCAGCAGGCCAUUGUCAUGGUGAAGACGAUGGUGAGGAUGGGGAUGACAGUAAUGAUGGCAACGACAGAGGGGUGAAGGGGGCGAGGGGGCACGACCCUGAUGACAUGUAUGACCUCAUGUCUCGUCUGGUGCGAAAUGAAACAACAUACUUCUACUGGACGACACGGAGGGAUGAGAUUGACUGCCGCUCGUUACGGAAGGACCAGAUGACCAAUCACUAUGCAAAGUCGGGCACUUUUACCACCAAGGUGGGUCUGUGUGUGAACUUGAGGAACCUUCAGUGGUUUGAUGCUACAAACCCAGACACAUUCUUCCCACGAUGCUACAGGCUCGGGGCAGACGAUGAGAAACAUGCCUUCAUUGAAGACUUCAGGAGGACCGCAUGUACUAGUCUACUCCAGCACAUAGUGGAACGGAGUGAUGGAGAGGGAAGAGAGCGAGUAGAGGCAGAGGAAGAAAAGGUGGAAGAGAACUUGUCACAAUCCGAGGGCCCUAGGAAACGCAGAGCAACUCGAUUGGUCAGUCCAAGAAUGAUUGACAAGGCUUUGCACGUAUGCCAGGAGUUUCUCAACAGCUUGGACCACAUUGACAUUGAUGUCACCAUGGAAACGCCACCCUCCCUCACAGAACAGCAGUGGGUCAAGUUCAUGCAUGACUACUACCUGGUCGUCCAUGAAGGUGUGGGGAUUGAGGGCAGUGGUGUGUAUGUGGAGCGUUGUCAGGCCAUGCUGAAUAGACUACAGGUGUGUCCACAGCUGGAGACGGAUGGCCUCCACAACAUCUGGAUCAUCAAACCAGGGGCCAAGUCACGGGGCAGGGGUAUAAUGUGUAUGAAUCGCCUGGAGGAGAUCUUGAGGCUGGUGGACAGUGACCCGUCCCUAAUCAAGGACAGUAAGUGGGUGGUGCAGAAGUACCUGGAGCGCCCCCUGUUGGUCUAUGCCACCAAGUUCGACCUGCGCCAGUGGUUCCUGGUCACAGACUGGAACCCCCUGACCGUGUGGUUCUACCGCGAGUGCUACCUGCGCUUCUCCACCCAACCCUACUCCACACAGACCCUGGAUAGCUCAGUCCACCUGUGCAACAACUCCAUUCAGAAGCAUUUCCAGCCGUCUCAAUGGCGCCACCCGGAGGUGCCCAAGGACAACAUGUGGUCGUGCUCCCAGUUCCGGGCCUUCCUGCGUGCCCAGGGCCAGGGGGCAUCGUGGGGGGCGCUGGUGGUGCCUGGGAUGCAGCGGGCAGUGGUCCACGCCCUCCAGACUGCCCAGGACCUGGUGGAGGGGCGCAGGGGCAGCUUUGAGCUCUACGGGGCAGACUUCAUGCUGGGUCGGGACCUGAGGCCCUGGCUACUGGAGAUCAACGCCAGCCCUACGAUGGCCCCCUCCACGGCAGUCACCGCCCGCCUCUGCCCUGCCGUGCAGCUGGAUACCCUCAAGGUGGUGCUGGACCGACGGGCGGACCCUGGUGCCUAUACAGGGGGCUUUCAGCUCAUCUACAAACAGGCUACAGUUGAAGUCCCUCAGUACAUGGGAGUUAACCUCCUGGUGGAGGGAGCCCCACUAAGACGACCCCGACUGCCCCCACAUAGAAUCCGUGUCAUCCUUGACCCCCCUCUCACCACACACAUUCACACCCGUACCAACCAGUCAGCCCCAGAAGCAGAAGACAAACCCUCCAGUCAUAGACCAUCCCCAUGCCGCCGCCCCUCGGGCAAAGAGAACCAAUCAGGGUUAAGGGGGAAUAGGUUCCACAAACGAGAUGAAGAGGGUGGAGCUCUGGGGCGCCAGCACACCUCCCCUACUCUGAGGUUGUCUCAGAGAAUGGCAACAGAGCGCCCUCUGGCACUCCACGGCGAGCACCAGAAGAGGGCUCGUUGCCUGGGGAUGAGUCUGAGCAGCAAUUGGCCUCUCCGCCUGGUACCCAGGACUCUGUCCCACUCCCUUAGCACCCCCUGUGGCAUAUUAGGGGGUGACACCCACCCCUCUCAACCUAACCCCCACCCCAGGCCUGCCCCAGGACCCCGCACCGCCCGACCCUUCCUCCCCCAGUCCUCCCUGGGACCACCACGCAAGGCUCCAACCCGGAGCCUGCCCACACUCUACGGCCCCAUCCCAGCCCUGGAGGUCUUUGGCCUGCGCCCCAGCCCACUGACAGAACCCUUAUCUGGGCCCUGCCCAACUCUGGCCUCCGACCCUGGCCUCCGCAUACACCAGUUCCUCCCCCACUUCCACAGGCAGGCUAUGGCCACCUAUAAAGGAGACUGCGCCAGCGGAGGACCCAAAUCCUCUUGACGUAAAUCCUUAUCUGAAACAUAAGGGAAAACACAAAACUGACUUUGGCUUAGCAUCUAUGGGUAACGUCAUAAUGUACUUGACACACGGGGCUUUGCAGGGAGGAAACGAUCUCUUAAACUGUCAUCAUGUGUUAAUUACUCACUUUUGGAAUUUUAUUUGUCUUGAAGAACUGUCAUCAUGUGUUACUUACUCACUUUUGGAAUUUUAUUUGUCUUGAAAGUAAAAUUAAAUAGAACAUGAAAUAAAGACUUUCCAUCUAUGAA